ACUUAUUGCCUAUAAAAACCAAUUAAGGCAGAGGGACUUCUUGUAAAUAUUGUCUCCUUGUUAGUUCUAUAAAUAUAUAAACACAACAAGGAGAAGGAGAAUAAACCUUAACAUACGAAGAAGAAGAUGAUGACGAUGAGCUUCUACAACUUUAUGGUCUCAAUCUUCUUGAUGAUCAGUCUCUCCGUCUUCUUCCUGGCUGGGAUUUCAAUGGCUGAGUACCGUGAAGAAAACCAGCUAUUUGGGGCGUAUAACGGAGAAGAAUUGUCGUCCAUAGCCGGAUAUGGAGAAGAGAAGCUUUCCACCGUUCUCGUUACGGGCUCAGUUCUUUGUGAGACUUGUCUGCAUGCAGCUCAGCUCCAUGCAUGGCCAGUUUCAGGGGCUCUUGUUGGCGUUACCUGCCAUAUAAAUGGACAAAAGGGUAAAUCAAGUUGGAUUAAAGGUGUGACAGAUGAAUAUGGAGAUUUCACCAUUGACCUUCCUUCCCACUUGCAUGCUAUUCCCAAAUUGGACAAAAAAUGUUCGGUUAAAAUUCUUCGAAUUCCAAAGAACUCCUUAUGCAAACCGGCUUAUGUCAAGAGGCACAAGAGCCUGAGUUUGUCCUCGGUUGGUAAUGGAAUUCGAACCUAUGAUGCCGGAGCAGUGAGGUUCCAACAUUUGACAUCUACAACAAAACAAGGAUGCGUUAGAAAAGAAAACAACUGAAAGAUGAUAUUGUAGAGAGAUCAUCUGUUAGCUUACUUGGGAUGCAACAGUAGCAACAGAAGAUGGCGCUUUAGUCACAGAAUUGAGUUACUGAGGUUCGUUCCCGUCAAUAUAGCUGCAGAUGUGUAAGAAAAGAGGGAAAAAAGAACGCGAGAAAAGAGAGUACAUAUGACGCAAAUGUAUACAAUCUUGUUUUUAUAAUAUAUAUAUAUAUGCUUUGUGUGAUA